AUGAAUGAAAAACAACAUAUUGAAAAUGUUUUCCAUAAGAACUCACAUCAAUCUCAAAUUGACUACAAAAUCAGAUUGAAUGCAUCUGUUGAUUGUAUUAGAUUUCUUCUACGACAAGGUCUUGCCUUUCGUGCCCACGAUGAGUCUGAGGAUUCAAGCAACCAAGGUAAUUUUCUUGAGCUUUUGCAAUUUCUUAUUGAUCACAAUGAGGAAGUUAGAGUUGUUGCUUUGAAAAAUGCUCCUGAAAACCUUAAAGUAACUUCACCUAAGAUUCAGAAAGACAUUGUCAAUGCUGCAGCAGUUGAAACUACUGAUGCUAUUAUUAGAGAUAUGGAUGAUGCAUUAUUUUCUAUUUUAGUUGAUGAAUCUCGUGAUGUAUUAGUAAAAGAGCAGAUGGCUGUUAUGUUUCGUUACGUAGACAAGAAAGGAUGUGUGAUUGAACGAUUACGAGGUCAAGGUUAUGAUGGGACCAGUAAUAUGAGUGGAGAGUUCAAUGGUCAGAAGACACUUAUUAUGAGGGAAAAUGAGUCUGCUUACUAUGUUCACUGA